AUGAUCGAUGACCCUCCACUGAAUGAUUUUGAGUGGUGUGAGAGAGAGGUCGACCAGCAUGUCCACGGCCUUUCUCCUGACGCGGCCCCCGUUCACGAAAGUCCGAGAUCAGAUGGCAUGGCUUCACUGUCCGUCGCGGAGAGGGAGACAGGGUAUCUCGGUGUCGCAUCCGGUGCAGCUCUUCUCCGCCUGUUGGACCCAAGACAGGACACAAGCUCCCCCUCACCGAGGACAUGGAGGACGCCAAAAUUCGUAAGCGGUCGGAAGAAGACAAGUAGGCCUGUACUUUUGCAAAGCCCAAACCCUAACCGGCAUAUCAGCGAGGCCAUGAUAGAUGCCUACUUCCGCUUAUACCACGUCCACUACCCCAUCAUUCACGAGCCAACCUUCCGCGCGCAGUACAGCGAGGUCAUACACCGCCCGCACGGAUCGUGCUGGACAGUUCUGGCGUACAUUGUCGCUGCUAUCGGGGCGUGGUCAUCCUCAUCCUCGUCCGGUGAGAGCCUAGACCUUGCUCUGUUCUCGCACGCGCGCUCCAUGCUCGACUUCAAUUUCCUCGAGGUUGGGAAUCUAUCCCUAGUGCAGGCCCUGACCCUCGCAUCCAAUUACCAGCAGAAGAGGGACAAGCCGAACUCGGGAUACAACUACCUUGGACUGGCUGUCCGGAUGGCCAUGGGCCUCGGGCUUCACAAGGAGUUCCAGGGAUGGAGCAUAUCUCCGCUGACCAUGGAGAUCCGUCGUCGCGUGUGGUGGUCCCUCUGCGUAUUCGACGUCGGCGCUACCAUCACUUUCAGUCGCCCAGAGGUUUGGCCAUACAAGGGAGUCGAGGAUCUCACUGCUGCCUCGCAAUCGUAUCCCCCAGAAAGCCACCACAUGACGCCAUAUACAGCCGUCGCAACUCAGGCCAGAUUCCACGUAGCCACACAUGCAUGCUAUGAGAGGGUCAUAUCCAAGCCCCAGCCAUCUUCGGACGCGCUGUUGACUCUCGAUGCACAAGCUAUCGAGCCGUGGAUAGCAGAUGUACCUUCGUACUUUGCCGAAGACGCCACGGUUCCGCAUCGAUAUGCUCUCAGCCAUGCCAUCAAAUCAUGGAGAUUAAUGAAUCUCCGUAUAAUAAUGUACCGGCCAUUCGUGAUACGAAAGAUGCUGAAACGGUCGUCAUCGACGGAAGUGGGAGACAUGACGGCGUUUCACAGAUGCUUGGACGACGUAAGAUCGACCAUCAAUCUCAUCUCGGACUACUGGAGACAUCACGAGCACAACUUUCUGACAGCCUGGUACUCACUUUAUUUUCUCUUCCAAGCCACUCUGAUCCCUUGCAUCUGCCUCCGAAACGCCCCGAACACCAGCGAGGUUGACGAUUGGCGAGCCCAGAUAGGCGCCGCAUCAAACACCAUCGCAGCCAUGGCUGAGGUGAAUUCUAGUGCGACUCGCUGUCAUCGGAUAAUCCUCAACCUGUGUGGGAAGUACUUGGAUGAGGCCGAGACCGGCAUCCGAUCCGGGCCUGAAUACCCUUCCUCCUCCGGAGAUGCAACCGACGUCACUAGACAUGCUGCAGUUAUAAGCCCGGAAGCUUUAGCAGACAGUCACCGCAUGACGGGUUCGGAAGCGCCGCAGGCUUCACACAAUCCUAUGAUUGGGUUGAUGUGGCCGCAUGUGCCGCCGCUGGAUGCAGUCGAUAUGACCAUGGGAGACGAGAUGGGCUGGAUGGAUUUGCUAGCGGGCGGAGGAAAUGACCUCUGA